UAUUAGGAGAUUAAGCCCUCUCUUUGUAACGUAAACUCAGUGAGAAUAAUCAUUAAAGUAUUCUAACAAAGUUUUGUCAGCUUUGAAUUACGACCAUCAAUGCAACCAUAUCCGAAGAAGAAACCACCCGGAGUAGGAAUUCCGCAUACGCGAAUUUACUAUUUUGACACCGCCGAGGCGCCUGUAGGAAUGGGAAAUAGGUUAAAUAUGGCAUGCCCUCGGAUGUAAUUUCAAAUUGCUCCCUCUACUCUAUAAAUCCAAGAACACGCAUAGCGAAGCAUUGGAACCCAUGGUGAUGGAGGGUCAUGAGGGCGUGAGGGAGGUGUAUAAAGAGUGCAUGAGGAACCACUCGCUGAGGCACGGCGCCGGCUACACCGUGGACGGCUGUUGCAGGUUCAUUCCGGCGUCCGGAGACCGCCAGCUGCAGUGCGGCGCGUGCGGCUGCCACCGCAACUUCCACCGCACGGACUUCUGCGUCGCCGGCACCCUGCCUGGGCGGAGCGAGAGGCGGCGGCCGCGGGCGAGGUUUUCGGAGGAGCAGAAGCAGCGCAUGGCUCGCUGCGCGGAGAGGCUUGGGUGGAAGAUCCCGAGGGGCCGUGCCAGGGCCGGAGGCGAGGAGGAGGAUCAGGUCUCGAGGUUCUGCCGCGGGAUCGGGGUGACCAGGCAGGCGUUCAAGGUGUGGAUGCACAACCACAAGGGCAGCGCCAGUUCUGCUCCGGCGGCGGCAGCGCUGGUGGCGUCAUCAGAGGCCACCGCCCGAGGCAGAGCGGCUAUGAACGGAGGAGUGGAGGAGGUGAUCAAGAUCGGGGACGAGGCGAUGGAGGACGAGGAGGAGGCAAAGGAUCUGGAUUGAGCUGAUCUGCAUGCAGAAUGGGUUUGAUUUGGACAUGAUUUUAAUAAUAAAUCUGAA